CGAAAUAAAUGUGCCAUGGGCUAGACGUGUACCUAUUCAUUUUACCGUCUGCAGCCGGUCCAACCGUCUAUUCAGCCAACCUCAAAACUGGUGUCGCCGGUACCAAUAAUUGCUGAUCUUCAAGUCUCCUCCAGAGAGAAGGAGAAGCAUCUCUCAGCACCAAUAUCCGAUCCAAUCCAAUCCAAUCCAAUCCAAUCCAAUACGUAUCGUCUCUUCAUAAGGUAACUCAAGCAGAGUCCUUUUUUGUUUAUAGGGUCAUUGGAGAUUCUGUGGUAGAAGAUGGCUGACAAAGAGGUGGAACAUCCUACUCGUGGGAAUGAAUGGGAAGUUGUCUCCCUUACUUCAUCAGCUUAUGCUGCUUCUCCUGGUCCUUAUAACGUUGAGUCAAGAAGAGAUGAGAGGAAGUCUGAUCAUGCUUACUAUGGAGCUGAAACUUCACGUGAUUUGUUCAUGUCUGACCACUUUGUAUUCCCACCUAGCCAGCAUGAGGAUUUACCCCUUGAUGAUCAACCUGUUUUCCAAGAGGAAGGAAGUAAGGAUAGCGAAGACUUGAUGCCGGAAUGUCAGGGAUUGUCUGAUGAACAGAGUCUCUAUGGUGAACCUGCGCUUGGCUCUUCGAGACAGUACAUGGAAUCAGCCAUGUAUGAUGAUCAUUCUGAGCCAGCCGAGUACGCCGAGGAGGACUUGAAUCUUCGUUCUGAUACUGCAAAGGAUACACUUGGACAUGAGAAGGAUGCUAAAAACGCAAGGCACGACCUUCCUUGCGAAGCUUGGUGGAGAAGGAGAGCUGUUUCCAUGUAUAUACGCACGAGAGAAGCAAAUGCGAUGUGGUCUUUGUUCUUUGCAGCUGCUGUCACAGGGCUAGUCGUUCUCGGUCAGCGCUGGCAGCAAGAGAGGUGGCAGGUUUUGCAGCUCAAGUGGCAUUCAAGCAUCAGUAGCGAGAAGCUGAGCAGGGUACUUGAACCUCUCUCGCGCUUGAAAGGCGUGAUUGUGAGAGGUAACCCACAAGCUUCUCUCGUAAGGAGUGCCACCUCCAGUGAGAUCUAGAGAAAAAAAACGCCAUUAUCUCAUUCGUUGGUCACUACGUACAGACAAACUUGGAUAUGUGUGCCUCAACGUCAAAAGCUUUUGGUUUUCUUCAGCCUAUGUUGCUUCGUUAUCUUGUACCAUUAGAAAGAAGAUUCAGUUACCCUGUUACCUUCUCGCAAAACUCUCUUUCAGUUACAAAAGCUUCUUUCUUCUUUUCUUUUUUUUUUAGCUUUUUUCUCUCUGUCUUAUUGUUUAUAUAUAAACACAUACACUUGUUUUUUCUUAUGAUUUUCUCUCAUUUUACUUUCA